AUGUCGCAGAGGAAAUUGCAACAAGAUAUCGAUAAACUGCUGAAGAAAGUUAAGGAAGGUUUUAUGGACUUUGAAGAAGUCUACGAUAAAUUCCAAUCCACAGAUCCUGAAAAUACUUCGUAUAGGGAAAAACUGGAAUCUGACUUGAAAAGGGAGAUCAAGAAAUUGCAGAAGCAUAGAGAUCAAAUUAAGACGUGGCUCAGUAAAGAAGACGUAAAAGAUAAGCAAGGUGUUCUAUUAGAGAAUCGUAAAAUGAUUGAAAAUGGGAUGGAAAGGUUUAAAUCUGUUGAAAAACUGAUGAAAACGAAACAAUUUUCCACUGAAGCGUUGACUAACCCUGAUAUCAUCAAGGAUCCUCGUGAAUUGAAGAAAAGAGAUCAAUUACUAUUUGUUCAAGAUUGUUUAGAGGAGUUACAAAAGCAAUUAGAAAGUCAUGAAGCUCUAGAGGAACAAGAAAAAAUUGAAAGACAUGAAUUUCAUAUUCAUAAUCUGGAAAACAUUUUGAAAUUACUUCAAAAUAAUGAAUUGGAACCAGAUGUUGUACAAGAAUAUCAAGAUGAUGUCAAAUACUAUGUGGAAAAUAACGAUGAUCCAGAUUUUAUCGAGUAUGACACCAUAUAUGAAGAUAUGGGGUGUGAAAUUAAACCUAAUCAAGAGAAUACGAACAGCAAGGAUGUGACGUCAAGUUCUCCACCUCCAGAUUCUUCAAAUGCGAAGGAAUCCUCUAAUGCUGCCACUAUCGCCACAACAGCGGCAGCAGCAGGAGCUGCUUCUAUUCCUAGCAGUGGUGUCUCUUCCUCCAUUAAUGGAACCCCUCAUGGAUCCAAAACUUUGAAGAAACAAGAAAAAUCACCAAAGAAGAAAACGCAAACUGGAACAGGAACAGCUGUAUCUACUACGGGAACACCAAGUCGUGUAGCAUCUGCAUCAUUGGCCCAAGCCUCACCUACACCGGAAACCGUGACGCUAGCUCAGACGAAUUCGAAUACAAAGCCAGAGUCAAGUAAUAACAGCAAUACAAACACAAAUCUAGUGACAAAUAAGAAGAAAGAGAUAGCGCAACCACCACUGGAAUUGCAGCCGCCAAAGGAUAGAUCAAGGGAAAUCGAAGAUCAAAUACGCCGUGAUUUAGGUGAGCAAGAUGCGUUUAAAAACGAAUUGUUUAGUGGAGAGUUGAAAUAUUGGUUACGAUCCAAAAGGCCACUUAUGCAACCAUAUGAGGAAAUGCCAGAGAAGAUGCUAUCACAAUUAGAAUCGUCACUAUUAAAUUGUCCUGAUUCAUUAGAUGCGGACUCUCCACAUUUUUACAGAAAACCGUUAUCAUUACCGCAUCCAACUUCAAUAUUUUUCCCCAAUGAACCAAUAAGAUUUGUAUGCCCAGCUGAUGUUUCUCCACCGCCACCAACGCAAACAACGACGACAAGUGUUAUACAACACCAACAACAACAGCGACAACACAGUUCAUCACAAGAACAAAUUGAUAAUGGUGCCGAUGAGAAAGAUGAAGCCGAAGAUAUCUAUUCUCGAACAUCGUUAGCACGCAUACUAAGGAAAUUUGAUCUAGAUACUUUGUUCUUCAUCUUUUAUCAUUAUCAAGGUACUUAUGAACAAUUUUUAGCCGCACGUGAACUAGCGAAGAAUAGGAAAUGGAAGUUUAACAAAGUGGACCGUUGUUGGUAUUAUAAAGAGGUAGAAAAAUUACCACCUGGAAUGGCACAAAGUGAAGAAGAAUCAUGGAGAUAUUUUGAUUACCAAAGAAGUUGGUUAGCAAGACGUUGUAAUAGCGAUUUUAUCCAAAAUGAGGAAAACUUCGAAAAAAUCUUGUAA